AUGGGAGAACCUUCUGACCCUUCUUUAUUAGACCGCAUCCGUUCAUGGGCGAAACACCACGCCUCUGACCGCUCCAAGCACACUACGCGCAACAACAACAUUACGCCACAGCGAAGUGCAAGCCCUAUUCUACCUACCACCACCCGAGAUCUGCCGAACGCGGAGAAGGCUGGACCCUCAUUGACCCCGUCUACCGCUCUCCACCAUGUCAACACCAACACAAGUCACCAUGACAGUAUUACCUUCAACAAUACCGCUGACAAGACGUCGCCUGCCUUGCCCGCCCCAGCUNNCCCCCCUCCUCAACAUGUCAAGUCGGAAUAUGCAUCACCGAACCAACCCACCCUAGGAGGUCAAGAUGGCACCGACAAUGUGCCCGCUACCAAACCAUCCAUUCUCAAGAGAGCCAAAGCUGGCACCGUCAGAUUUGGUCUCCAUACAUACGAUGCCCUCACCCAUAGCUGGAUGAACGUCCUUCUCCUCUUCGUCCCUGCCGGCAUCAUCGCUAAGGCCCUUAAUGUCAAUGCCUCGGUCGUCUUCGCGCUCAAUGCAGUUGCCAUUAUUNNCCCCCUGGCUGGCAUGCUGUCCUACGCAACAGAGGUUGUUGCCUCGCGACUCGGCGAUACACUGGGUGCUCUGAUGAACGUCUCGUUCGGCAAUGCCGUCGAGCUGAUCAUCUUCAUCAUUGCAUUGGUCAAGGACGAGAUCCGUAUUGUCCAGGCUUCGCUGGUUGGAUCCAUUCUGUCCAACCUCCUGCUCAUUAUGGGUAUGGCCUUCCUACUCGGUGGCCUCAGAUUCCAAGAGCAGAUCUACAACAGCACCAUCACCCAAAUGAGUGCUUGUCUUCUCAGUUUGAGUGUCGUCAGUCUGGUCUUGCCCACAGCCUUUCAUGCCUCCUUCUCGGACAAUGCUACAGCCGACGACAGAGUCUUGAAGGUCAGCAGAGGCACCAGCGUCAUUCUUCUCAUCAUCUACAUUCUGUAUCUGCUCUUCCAACUGAAGUCGCAUGCAUACCUGUACGAGAGUACACCCCAGCAGAUCAUUGAUGAGGAGUCCCACCCUGGUAUUCUGGCCGACAUGCUAGGUUCAUCUAGCUCAUCCGAUAGCUCGGAUUCGUCCAGUUCUUCAGAUUCAGAUACCUCAUCGCACACGACUUCAAAGCGUAUCAGACGUGCCUUCAGACAUCGCAGACGCCGCAAGUCGAGUGCCAGUACUGCCACUACUCCUUCCGUUAUCAGUGCUCCUUCUGUGGAGCGUGCUCAUUCCCAUCAAUCCGAGAUACUCCAACCUCAGCCUCAGCGUCGUCCAUCCGCGCUCGGCGCUAUCAAUAGUGGUGAUGAGGCCGAUACAGAUGGCGAACUCGAAAUGCGUGGUGCUCCUCCUCUCAUCAGAGACUUCGUCGAUGGACCAGCCGUCGAGGAGCACCAGCAACAGUUGCAUUUCCAGGACACUAAACCAGAUACACGCAAACAUAAGAAGAAGCAAAAGAAGAGGCAUCACCACAAGCGCCACGGCAGCCAUGACGAGAAGCAAUCCAUUGAUGAGGCUUCAUCGAUUCGCAAGCAGGGCAAGCAACCCGUAAAGGAUUUCACUCCCAAGGUGGGCUUCUCCGACGAUGUGCACUACGCUCCUGCUGCCGACACCGGCUCGCCUAGAAAGCCCUUCGGUAUUCGUCAGCUUUCUGCUCGUCAGGCAUUCCCUCGCCCCACUCUCCCUAAGAUGCUCUCUCAGAACGUAUUUGUUACUCCACCUCCGGUCUCUGGUUCUCCUGUUACUGGUGCACCUAUGGUCCCUCGUACUGGAGUGGGUGCGUUACGUAGAACUAGCUCCUUGCCUGACCGUCUCAACCGUCAAAACACUCCUUCGACGCUUCCCCAGGAUAAUCUUCCUCCUUAUGCACGUGGUCCGGGCACUGAGCAGGAAAACGAAGAGGAGACUGAUGAGGAACAUAACCAUAUGUCCCGCACUGCUGCCGUCGUUCUUCUGCUCUUCUCUACCGCCCUCGUCGCCGUCUGUGCCGAGUUCAUGGUCGAUGCUAUCCCUGCUAUGAUCGAUGCAACUCCAGUCAGUCAGGCUUUCAUCGGUCUGAUCAUCCUUCCUAUCGUCUCUAACGCUGCCGAGCACGUCACGGCCGUCAGCGUUGCUGCCAAAAACAAGAUGGAUCUUUCUAUCGGUGUCAGUGUCGGUAGCAGUAUCCAGAUUGCUUUGUUUGUUACCCCUCUGGUGGUCAUUCUUGGCUGGAUCAUCGGCCGCGAUAUGUCUCUUUACUUCACGCUUUUCGAGACUAUCAGUUUGUUCGUCACGGCGUUCGUCGUCAACUUCUUGGUCCUCGACGGCAGAAGUAACUAUCUCGAGGGUGCUCUACUCAUCGCAGCCUAUGUGAUUAUUGCCGUCUCGGCUUUCUACUAUCCUGAUGGUGCUGAUGCCAGCUCUCUUGCCGGAUCUAACUAG